UUAGCCAAACCCACCCAUGUGAGCUGCCAUCCAAGCAACUCCCACAAAAUACAAUCACAAACCCCAAAUUUCAUAUUUAAAUUUCCUUAUUCUUCACCUUCCCCUUUCUUAAUUUAAUCACUUCCUUCAUCUUUUUGGAUUCUUUCUCAUUUUAAAAUUUCACAAAUUGGGUUUUUGUUCGCAUCUCUUGAUUGUGGCUGCUCCUUCAUUCUCUUCCCUUUCUAAAGGCCACAAUCUACAGAUUCUUAAGUGAUUUUAGUUCUGAUUUUGGAGAUUUCGACGAUUUCUGUUCAUGGGGUUUUAGAAUUUGGAUUGUGGAGUGGGGGGUUUUGGUAAUUAAUGGUAGGGAUUUGAGAUUGUUCCCAAUUCAAAGGGGAAUGACUUCUUUUAGUGGAUUAGGAAUUGGGUUGAGUUUAGUUUUUGGGUGUCUUCUGUUUGCUCUUGUUGCCGAGCUUUACUAUUUGCUAUGGUGGAAGAAAAGAAGUAUAACUUCUUCACAAGCUGAAGAUGAAUUCACCAAUUAUGCUAAAGAGUUUUUUCAUCUCAUUUGUUGGGAUUGGAAAAAGGGUUCUUCUUCUUCUUCUUCUUCUUCAUUACAACAACCCAACAAUUCUAGAGAAAAUCAAAGGAAUCUAGAACUGAGGAAUCAAGAGUCUGAUAUUGAAAUUGGUUGUAGUAAAGAUUUGUUGUUGAAAUCAUCUGGUGGAGAAGAUGGAGGAGUUGAGUUAGAGUUGAUGAGACUGCAUAAUCUUGCAGGUCCACCAAGGUUUCUUUUCACCAUUAAAGAGGAAACUAAAGAAGAUUUAGAAUCUGAAGAUAGAAGCAGAAAAGGAUCAAGAACAAGAAGUCUAAGUGAUCUUAUAUUAACAGUUGAUACUCCUUUUCUUACUCCUUUGCCCUCUCCUCCAUUCAAGCCAACAACAUCUCCAUUAAACCCUUUGAAUUCUUUCAAACACCAUGGAUUCAAUAUAAAUCCUCUCUUUGAAUCAUCAAAUGAUUUGGAUUUGAGUAGGCUCUUAUCUUCACCUCCCCCAAAAUUUAAGUUCUUAAGAGAGGCAGAAGAGAAAUUGUACAGAAAAUUAAUGGAAGAAGCUCAGAACAAGCACAAUAAAAAUGCUGGGUCAGUUCAAAGUUCUGAAAUUAGAGCCAUUUCCAUUCCUAAAGAAGCAGUUCGAGAAGAAGAAGGUCAUCAUGUCUCACCAUAUUCUUCAAGUUCUUCACAGGUUCUUCCUUUAGCUUCUUCUCCAUCUUCAGAGCACAUAUAUAUUUGAUAAUGUUAUUUUUUUUAUUAGAUAGGUGCUUAUGAUUCAAUUGAUAAUUCAGCUUUUGAGUUGAUUUGCAUUAUGUAUCAAAAUGCAAACAACUUUCUCACUUUGGGUUUGAUUCAACAAGUUAAUUAAUUUAACUUUUUUUUUAA